CAGCAAAUCUGCCCUACAACCAAAUAUAAAUUGCUAUAAAAUAAAAAAUGGAAAUAGUAUCUUAGUUUAAGCAUAGUGAAUCAAAAAUAGAUUUGACGUUGGAUGAUUGGCAGGAGUCCAUCUUCACCAUAAGCGCUCAACGAAAGAAAAAAAGUACUUUCGAUUUCUCAGAGAAUGUUUCUGCUGAGAGAAUCUACGAGGGGGAGGAUCCAUGGGGGGUAACAAAAAAAAGAAAGAAACGUGUUUUUUUUUUAAGUCACUUUCACUGGAGCUUAGCAGCCAAUUACUGAAGGUCUCCUAACAGCAGGCUGUGUGCGGACCAGCGCAGGACACAGGUGUUCACCACAGCCCGCAUGGACCUCUGAGAUGCUGCUGAAACGCAACGGACGGCUCUGUGUGAUGGUUGUGACCUGCAUGUUUUUCUCAAGAGGAUAUCUGUGGUCCUUCCGAGAGGAGGACAGCGACGAUGCAGUCAGAGGGGACUGCUCGGAAGGCAACGUCGCCACCACCAGGUACCCGUGCCUGAAGUCCAGCGGGGAGAUCACCACGUGUUACAGGAGGAAAUGUUGUGAGGGGUUCAAGUUUGUGCUGGGCCAGUGCAUUCCUGAAGAGUACGAUGUGUGUGCCAGCGCCCCCUGUGAGCAGCAGUGCACCGACCACUUUGGCCGUGUGGUGUGCACCUGUUACCGCGGUUACCGCUACGACCGCGAGCGACACCGGAACCGCGAGAAGCCCUACUGCCUAGACAUCGACGAGUGCUCAAACCGGACCCUGAGCAGAUGUGCCCAGGGGUGUGAGAACUCGGCCGGCAGCUACAGGUGUGUGUGUGAGCGGGGCUACUUUCUGGAGGAGGACGGGAGGUCCUGCACCAAGGGGGACAGAGCCCCUCGCCUCUCUGUGAAGUCUGAGAACUUCAUGUACGCAGGCACCUGCUCGGCCACCUGCGAGGACUUCCACCAGAUCAAAAUGGCCGUCCAGCAGUUGAAACAAAAGAUGACCCUGAUCCCCGGCUACCCUGAGGUGCCGGAGCAGAUGACCAAUCAGAAGAGGGUGACCUCACCCGCAUUCCUACCGGGCCCUCCGGGUUUGCCUGGACCUCCAGGGCCUCUAGGACCUGCAGGACAGGUGGGUCUGGUAGGGCCCUCCGGCGAUCCUGGACCCAGAGGCCUCAUGGGUCCCAUGGGUCCGUCCCCAGACCUGUCCCACAUCAAACAGGGCCCUCGAGGACCAGUGGGCUCCUCCGGUGCUCCGGGAAGAGACGGGACCAAGGGGCAGAGGGGAGCUACAGGGCAGCCUGGACCGGCAGGCCCGCCAGGUUCCUUUGACUUCCUGCUGCUGCUGAUGGCUGACAUCCGCAACGACAUCGCCCAGCUGCAGGACAAGGUGUACGGUCGGGCCGUGCCCUUCCCCGGCCUCGAGGACGGGGCCCCCGCCGUACCCGACAGCUGGAGGGUCGGGCCCCCGGACGGGCCCCCGGACGGACCCCUGGACGGGCACAACAGUGGCGAGACGGGCUCCGGAGAGGACUAUAGAGACAGGAGGCCCUGGGCCGGGACAGGCCCCAAGAAGAGCAGGAAGAGGAAAAUGAUCCGGAGAUCCGAUUGGACGAAUUGAAAACAUUAAAGAUAAAAUGGGGGCGGGUCUUUUUAUGGGUUGAUUGAUUGAUUGCUAAUUUAACGACAUACGGAGCAGAAUAGUUUAUAUAUUCCUUUUUGUCUAAGAGAUCUUUAUUUUUGUAUACUUUUUCUUACGGUUGUCCUAUUUUUAUAUAUGAGGUAUUUUAUUUGUAAUUGUCUCAGUGCAUGUGUAGUCUUGCAUUUUAACCAAUCUCCUUCAUAGGUAUCUGGACGUCCUACAUUAAAACUAACCUGCUGUCCAUACACACAGCCUUCUGUUCUGCCCUUUGCACGCUGAUAAAGACACAGGUUCAGUCCAAGGGUGACUAUUUAGUUUUUCCACCUUUAUUCACUCAUGUUAGUCACAGUUAUAUAAUUAUUGGUGAUGAAAUUUAUUAUGUAAUGCAGCGUAAAUCACAGUGAUCUCAAAUGAAUCAAUGGCUUGCGCCCUUUCGGAGUACAGACAGAGUAACUGCCAUAUGUUAGCCACUGUUUGAAAAAACGAUUUAAACAAAUCUGGGUCAAAUCCUAAACAGAUUGUUAUUUUCUAUCAAGCGGCCAUCAAUAGCUCAAAUUGAUUUGAUCAUUGAUCACACAUAUUUCUUACUAUAGCCUAGUCCCAUUUCAACAAAGAAAUGUGUUACUUCUACAGGUGCUACUGGUUUAAUCUUGUUUAUCGUUGUUAUAACGUGUAUCCAUCCCAUCUUGUGUUAAAUACUCUACUUUCUUCAGGAAAAGCAGACUCAUCUCAUUGACAUUUAUCGUUGAAAAGUCACCAGAACAAGAUGUUACACAUGAAUUAUGGUAUAUAAAUUGACAUUUAUGCUA